GUAAAGAAGAAGAGAAGGUCGGCUCGCACGGACGCUCUUUCUGCCGCUCGCAAGCCGAACUCGUCUCAAUCGUCGAUCUGACCUCUCAGAGGUGAUGGAACGCACGGCCCGGAAGCGAUCCACAAGCGAGAGGAAAAAGCAGAAGUCGUCCCAUCAACGGAAGUCGUCUCAGGCACGGGGGCCGUCACAGAUUGUCUCGUCACCGGCUUCGCCGAAGCCGAUCCCGCAAGUAAGCAUGGUGUCUCCCUUCGCCGCCGCUUCGAUUAUACCCGAACCGAAGCAGCAAACGGGCGUGGCGUCUUCCUUGGAUAUCGCAUCGCCAAGUUCGAAGCCGAGGAAAAAGUUGAGCAUGCUGCCUUCCUGGCAUAUUGCUUCGUCGAUACUUAAGGCGAAGCAAAAACUCUACGCGAUGUAUCCGUUCAGUAUCGCCUCGCCGAUGUCCACCCGGACGAUCGAGACGGACCGCGAUGCCCCAACGACCAGUGCAACACUGCCUCAUUUGCCGGAGGAAACAGGCAAGAAGGACGCCUUCGGAGAGUGGUACGAAGCGGCGCACAGGGGCACCGUUACCCGCACGAUCGAUACCAGCAAUCGGAUGCAGCACUCGGAGAAAUCUAUCGGAUCUAUCGGCGUCAAACGCGGACUUGCUCUGGGGAUCGGUACCUGCUUCACCCUACUGCUGUUCCUGUUGCUCGUCGGAGUCGCCUACUUGUAUCCCGCUGACGACAAUCCGGCACGCAACGCCACGUCCGCCAGGGCCUGUGGCACGGUGCGACUCCACCAACUCGAAGUGCUGACAGCGAGUGGCCUGGUAACCGGUCGGCCAGCCACCGUAGUCGACGCAGCCGACAACAACAGCGUGCACGGCGUGCUGCGACAUUUCUUCGGCGUCCCGUACGGCGAGCCUCCCACCGGACCUCAUCGAUUUGGCAUGCCCAAGGCGGUCAGCCACUUCAAUCCGAACGGUACUUGGGACGCUGAUGCCCACGGGCCGCGCUGCCCGCAGAGCGGCCCCCUGCUGGCGUCCUCCGACGAGGACUGCCUGCGCCUCUCCAUCUGGGCCCCGUAUGUGUGCAACGACAGCGAUCCGCUGAAAACCGUGGUCGUUGCGGUCGCUGGCGACUGGAUGCAGACGGGAGACGUGCGCGACCACGAGCGCUUCUGGCAGCGGCUGGCCCUGCACGGCGACUUUAUCGUAGCCGUGAUCAACCACCGGCAAGGCGUGCUCGGAUUUUUUGCGGGCGUCGGCGACAAAAGCGCCCCGGGCAACGUGGCCAUCUACGACACGCACCUCGCCGUCGUGUGGAUGCACAACAACGCUGCCGUCUUCCAUGGCGACGGAAACGCGAUGGUGGCGCUGGGUCGCGGCAGCGGAGGCUUCAUGUUCUCCUCGCUGCUCUUCACCAACAGCGACCGCUACCUCAAGCGACUCAUCCUGCAUGGUCUGUCGGUGACGUCGCUGUUUCCUCGGAACGAGGAGACCGCACCCUCCCUUCUGGGCGCCGCCAUGAACUGUCCCAAGGAUCUCAGGCUCUCGGAAAUUGCCGCGUGCCUCAGAGGGAAGGACUUCAGGAAUAUCGUGUCCGCUGCGCAGACGCUGCUUCCUCUGCGGUUCGUCCCUUCCAGGUACAGGGCUCCGCUGUCGAACGAACUCUACUCGGCAGAAGGUCCCAAGCCGCAGGGUGACCUCAAGGGAAUCGACAUCAUCUGCGGAACCAGCAUGUCCGAGGGUGAAACGCUGUUCGACGACUACGUCGCCCCCGGCAUGAACAUAUCGGGCACGAUGAACGUAGAUGAAGCGUUUCACGGCUGCCUGGCGUUCUUUUCCGAGACGUACCACCUGGAGUACAGGAACCUGCCAGAGGCGCUCAAGACAUUCCUGAAGCAGCCGCAUCUGCGUGGCUUUCGCGAAAUUCUCCGAGAUAUCGCCAUGACCUGUCCGAUGCGCUCGGUCGCCGAAGCAGCUGCGGCAAGUGGCGCCACGGUGCGUCAUUAUGUGUCCACGGGGGCCCAGCAGUUCUUCGAACCCGUGCUUACGUUGGACGACAUUGUGCUCUUUGCGACAACUGGGAAAGUCACUGACACGUGGACGCCGUUCAACGACCGGGAGGUCACCCUCGUAGUCAAUGGCAGCUUCCGCACGAAGGAAGAGCACUGGAUGACAAAUACGUGCAAAGUGUACUACACUUUUUUCAGUAGCUAAAGAGAUCACAACCGUCGUUGAAAACAGGUGCCUCGUACCUACUUCGCUUGUUGUUCUGCGUGCAUUUCUGCUGUCUCUAGGGCGCCCGAAAAACUUCUGUGGCUGUUCUUUUGCAGUGAGAUUGAGUUCUUUUGCAGUGAGAUGUUUCAAUGGGUGGGACUUGGUUGAACCUCUUUUCGACUGGACCGCUACUACUUUCACUGUGCUUGAAGAUGACGUUGCUUGAGCCCUCCAUUAACAAGAACGCCGAAAUGGCCAUGUUGAUGUUAGGAUCGCAGUAGAACUGAACGUUGUUGGACUGUUCAAUUUCUUUCAGGGCCGCUGUUUUCCGAAAGUGCCUGCGAUGCAUCCGUCGCUAUUUAUCUGCUUCGUGUUAUCUCUCUUCUUAUCUCGCGGGAGCACAGAUGCAGUAGGAUUUUAGCUCAUAUGGCUGCCACGAGCGCUGUCGAAGCUCUUGAUCGUGCUCACCCGUGUUUUGCAGGAUAUACUCGCCGCUAACCUGCGCAUUAAGCGCAUGAGCGUAACGUUUGUGCGUUGCUAAGUAUAUAUGCGUCCUGCGUGCAGAAUUAUAUUGUUUGGGUGCAAUAAAAUAUGUUAAGCCAAA